AAGCAACAUGGCUGACAGUGACCUUGCCAUGCAGUGUGAGGCACAGGGGAGGAUGAUAGAACAGCUGAAGACUAUGAUCCGAGACAGGGAGGAUACAAUAAAAGCCAAGGAUAAAGAGCUGCAGGAGACAAAUGCUAAAAUUUCCAAAUUAAAACUUCAAGCAAAAGCAAAAGUAGCCAAGGAUGCAAAGACUGCUGGAAAGAAAGCAGAGGAUACUUCAAAGGAACACCAGGAGGGAGCCACAGGGGAGGAUGAGAGUGCCACUGACAAAGCAGGGAGGGCGAAAAUGAUAAUGUUAAAGAAGAAACUGGAGGAGAAAGAUCGUAUCAUCAGCGAGAAAGAGGAACUCCUAGCCUCCAAGGAUGCACUGAUUGAGGCAAAGGUCAAGGUCAUAUCUGAGCAGGAGGAAGCCGUCAAGACUCUGUCAUCACAGUUGGAGGGAAACGCUAAUUUGAUUGCACAGUUACAGUCUGAACAGACAUCAGAGAGCUCUUCUCCUGAGAGUGGAGUACAGGAGAUGUAUGCUCAGAUUGUGUACAAAGACAACAAAAUUCUGGAGCUCAACAACAAGAUUCUGGAACUUGAGAAGAAGAUGAUGGAUCUUCAGGAAUUCAUCUCAGAAAAGAAUGAGGUCAUAAAGGGAAGAGACAAAGUGUUUGAAAUUUUGCAGACCACAAUCAGAGAAAAGGAUCAAAACAUACAGAGUCAAGCUAUGCUGAUAUCCAAACUUUCUGCCAAAGUAGAAAAUUAUGAAGAGAAAAUUGCAGAAAUGAAAGAACAAGUAGAAAAAGCGGAUCAUGCUCUGAAACUGGAACGUGAAAAAUUCGAUAUGAAGCUUCGAGAGACACAGAAAUAUUUUGAGGAAUCUUUACAAGAGAGCCAGGGAUUAGUGACAAGUCUUCGUGAGAAUGUAAAAGUGAAGGAUGAUGAACUCCUAAUGAGAGAAAAUGACCUCCGAGAAUUAAUAGCAAGACAUGAAAAAGACAUUCAGAGGAUAAUGGCAAAGGGAGAAGUAGAUCUGCAAGAUCAUGUGUUAAAAAUGUUGGAACAGAAGUUGAAAGAUACGAAUGAAGUUUUAGAUGGAAAAAUAAAAGUGAUUGAAGUGCUUCAGAAAGAAGUGACAGCUAAGGACAAACAAAUUGAGGAAAGUUUAGAGGUGCAAAAGAACUUUAAAGAAAAGCUUCAGUCAACUUCAGAAAAGUUGAUGCUCAUGCAGGCCAACAUUGUAGACAUGGAAAUGCAGUGGAAAGACGAGAAGAAGAAGCUAGAUGGUAAAAUCAGAGAUUUAAUAGAAAAACACGAACUGGAGAAAACAGAAAAAGAACUGACAGUACAGACCAUGCAGGUUCAGCUUUAUCAGUAUCAGACAGCUUACACUCAAGCUGUGGCUCAUUACAAUAGUCUUCAGGAGAGAUUCCUUCAUAACACCAGGCCUGGGGGAGCUGUUCCUGUCUCACAGGUACCGCAGGAGGAGGAGAAGACAAAACUUCAGGCUCCAGAGCAAAUUGAUGCUACAGCACAGGUGAUGGCAGAAUUGAAAGAAAAACUCUUAGAAAAGGAGAAGACUAUUAAAGAGCUAGAACAUUAUAAGAGUGACUUUGAAAUGGCUCAAGCUAGAGUGGUGGAAGCUGAGAAACAAAUGGAAGAAAAAAUUGAAGAAUUGAAGAAAAGUCUGAAAGGAACUGAGGAAGCUAGUUCAAAGAAUCUGAAACAGAAAGCCCAACUAACAGCAAAGGUCAAGUCCCUGGAGAAGGAAAUUAAAGAACUCAAGGUAUCUACCAGUGCUGAGAGGAGCAAACAAUUAGAGGAAAUAGCUCUACUCAAGGAACAGCAAGCGAAAGAAGAAGAGCUUAACCUUAAAUCGGCUGAUGACUCAAGCUCUCUCAAAGAAGAAAUUUCAACAUUAACAUCUGAAAAUGGAAAACUCCAGAAGCUUGUCAAGAGUCAAGAAAAACAGAUUGAAGACUUGAAUGCAGAACUCCAGAGUAAGGAAGAACAUGUGAAUUCAUUGUCAUUAGAACUAGAAGGUAAAGUACAGGAAGCAAAUUCACUCCAACAGUUGAUACAACAACAGAAAAAUGAAAUACAGCAGUCUAAAAAUGACAGUGACUCAGAAGUUCAGAGUUUAAAAUCUCAACUAAGUGACCUAGAAAAUCAGUUAAAAAGUUUAAGUUCAAAUUCUGUCCUCAAAGAAAGUGAGGUAGUGGAUUUACGAAGAGACUGUGAAAGCAAGCAAAAAGAAAUCAAUGAUCUCAAAGACAAUUUACAUGAGAAAGAAGCUGAAACUUCAAAACUUCAGGACACUGAAAGUACACUAAAAUCUCAAUUGUGUUCAUUACAAACUGAAAAUGAGGAAAAGGAAUCAGUGAUACAAGCACUUAAUAUUCAGAUUGAGGAAUUAAAACAUUCAUUAUUGAAGAAAAACUCUGAAAUUGAAGGUGUUGAUUCUAAGUUUAAAGAAUCACAUUCCAUGUUAAGUACUGCUAACUCGGAAAAUGAACGUCUUUCAAAUGAACUUAAACAGACUAAAGAGGAGUUAAGUAGUGUUUCUAAUCAACUUAAAGAUGUAAACCAAGAGAGGGAACAGAUUCAGAGUGAGUUAACAGAGACAAGAGAAAACUUAGACAAUAUUUCAAAACAAGUUAAUGAAUUAAAUGAAAUUAUAUCAAGUAAUGAUAUUGAACUGAAAAGGAAGGAUGACGAAAUUGAAAGUCUUCAUUCAGACUUGAAUGAAAUCAGGACAACUGUGUCUGAAUUGUCUAGUCAAAAGAGUGGACUUGAACGCCAGGUAGCAGAAUUACAAACUGUUUGUUGUGAAAAAGAUGAGCAAAUUAAAAAUUUAUCCUCAAGCUCAGAGGAUAGUUUAAAAUCUUUACAGGAACUUGUUGGAGAAAAAGAUGCAAAAAUUCAAACUAUGUUGGAAAGUGUUAAUGAAAGUGAGGUGAAAUUAAAAGAAAUGGAUAGUAAUUUGACACUUUUGAAAGACCAAAGUGAAAAGGAAGCACAAAGGUGUUCUGAAAUACAGGAGAAGCUUGAGAACAAAGUUGCAGACUUGGAAGAACUUGUUACUGCCAAGAACUUAGAAAUACAAAGAGUAAGUGAUAAAUUAACAGAUAUGGACUCAGGGCAUAAUUCAAAAGUUGAAUCUCUCCAAAGUGAGAUAAGAACAUUGUUAGAUAAUAGAUCUGCAAUCUCGAAAGAAUUAUCCACAAAAAAGGAAAUUGAAAGGAAGUUAGAGGAACAACUCUCACAAUUACAAAAGAAUCUUGCUGAAAAAGAGGAGAUCAUCAGAGAGAUGUCUUCUACACUCAGUUCUGUGCAGGAAGUGAAAGAGCAUCAAGUGGAAGUUAUUGAUCAACUGACACGGGAUCUAGAAAACAUACAACAGGAAAAGGCUGACCUUGCAGAGACAGUGGAAAAAUUAACCAAGGACAUACAGGGUUCAACUACAGAGAGAAACCUUCUUACAGAAAAGGCUGAUGAGACAAGGGAUCAUCUUCAAGAGCAAAUUGUGCAGAUGGAAGGAUUCAAACAGGAACUUGAAGACCAGGUUAGACAACAGGAGCUAGAACUGGAGCAACUUAGGAAGGUCCAAAAGGAGGACACAAGUCAGAAGGAGGUGGCAAUGAGCAAACUGCAAGAAGCUGAACAUAAUCUGAACGUAUUACAAGCUCAGAAUGAAGAACUUCAAAGGUCAUUGUCAGAUAGAAUGGAGGAACUCAAUACGAAAGAAAAUGAAGUUAUUGAACUUAAAAAGAUUAGUGAACAGAUGUCUGAAGAAAAGGAUCAUUCUUUUGAAGUAUAUCAAAAAGAAAUUGAAAUGUUAAAAAGUGCGACAGAAAAUUUACAAGGGGAAAAUUCGGCUUUAAAACAAAGAGAGAAAGAUUUAACUACCACUUGUGAAAGAUUUCAGUUGCAGAUCAGUGAACUUGAAAAACAAAAUUGUGAUGUAACUGUGGAAUUAAAGAAAGACAGAACCAAAAUUGAAGAAUCUGAGAACUUCUUUUCAGCACAAAUUAAAGAAUUAUCUAAUGAAUUAAGUUUAGAGAAGGAAAAAACUCAUUUAUUUGAGGAGAAGAUUAAAAUUCUUUCAGACAAUUUACAUGAAGAAGAGCAGAAAAGAAAAGAAAUAGAAAGAGAAAUGAAGGAACUAGAAAAAUCCAAAACAAUUGCUGAUGAACUGGCAAAAUCUAUGGAAGAGAAGGAAAAUAUUUUAACAGGCUUGAUUGAACAGCAUCAGUUACAAAUCAGUGAACUUGAAAAACAAUAUCAUGAUGCAGCAACAGCACUACAGAAAGAUGAAGUAAAGAUUCAGGAAACUGAGAACUAUUUUUCAACGCAAAUUGAAAGCAUAUCUAGUGAGUUAAAUGCAGAGAAGGAAAAAACACGAUUUUUUGAGAGUCAGGUUGAAGCUCUAUCCAACAUGCUUCAUCAACAAGAACAGAGAGAGAAAGGCCUUGAAAAAGAUCUAGAAGAAUUACAGAAAUCCAAAACAAUUGCUGAUGAACUUGCAAGGUCUAUGGAAGAGAAAGAAAACAUUUUAACUGAUUUGGUUGAAAAUAAGAGUUCUGAUGAAGAGAUGUUGAUGAAAAAAUUAUUAGAGAAAGAUGAAAAAAUAGCGUCACUUCUAGGAAAUAUGCAAGAAAUGGAAGAACGUCUUAAUCAGCUUGGACAGGCAGAGGAAAUGCUGGAAAAUUCAAAAGAAACAUGUGCAAAACAAGAACAGGAAAUUCAAGAAUUGAAGAAGCAGUUUGAAGAAAAAGACAUGAAUUUCCGUAAAGCAUUAGCGACAGCUAAAAAAAUCAAAUUUCAACUCCAACAAGCAACGAAAUCAAAGGAAGAUCUUGAAUCUGAAAUCAGUUCUCUUAGAGACCAGUUGCGGAAAAAAGAUACGUUUACAGAAGACAGUGAAGAAGUAAAAAAGAAUAGUGAGAGUGGAGAACAACAUGUAAUGGAAGACCUUCAAGAGAAAAUUGUGUUGUAUGAAGCAAAAAUAAACGAGUUUGAAGGCAAAGAUAAGGAAUUAGAAGACCUAUAUCUGAAACUAAAAGAGUAUGAGGAAUUGGUUAAUGCAAGUGGUAAAGAAGUAACAGCUGUGAAGGAUGAACUUGAAAAAAGAGGCAGCGAGUUGAACUUGCUCCAAAUGAAUUUUGAGAAACAUGGUGAGACUAUUCAUGAUCUUGAAGCUGAAAAUAGCAAAUUAAGUGAUAGGUUACAAACUGAAACAGAUAGACUGACAGAAAAUAUUAUAAAAAUUGAAUCUCAGAAGUCAGAGAUGCAUUCGCAGAUUUUAACCUUAGAAGAGGAAAACACUAGUUUAAAACAAUUGCUUCGAGACAAGACUGAAGAAUAUGUGAAUUUAAAAGAACAUUUUGACCAGAUGACUCAAGAAAUAUCUUCCAAGGAAGAAAUAAUCACAGAUUUAAAGGACAAGCUAGAAAAGACGGUAAAUAACCCUGAAAAGGACAGUAUCAUUGAUCAUUUGUCUAAAAAUAUUAAAGAAUUUGAGAAUCAACUUGCAGAAAAGAAUCGAGAAGUGGAAGAGUUUGAGCAUAAAGGUAGUGAAUUCGACGUUUUGUUGCAGUCAUUACAACAAGAGGUACACAGUAAGAGUGAACUGGCAAAUAAUCUUCAGGAAAAUCUACAUACAAUGGAAAUAGAAAAAGGUCAAUUGGAGGAAUCAAUUCAGUCCUAUGUUAAAGAUGUAGAACAGCUGAAAGACAAAGUUAUUUUUCUUUCAAAUUCCUUAGAGGAGAAAGAGGAGUGUUUGUCUGCAUUAGUGCAUUCAGUGAAAGAAUGUUACGAAGAAGUAACAGGCCUUGAAUGUAAUAUACAAAGCAUUGAAGAUAUUCUUGUAGCCAUAAAAAGCUAUUCAAAGGAUCAAUUAAAUUCAUUGCAGGAACAAUUAGUUAGUUUGGAAACUGCACAUCAGGAAUCAGUUAGAUUAGCAGAACAACAAAUACUCAAUGAUAUGGAGAAACAGCUUAAAGAGGAACAUGAAAGAAUGCAAACUUUAGAACACAAAUAUAGUUCUGUGGUUGAAGAAAAAUGUGUCCUUUCUAAACAGGUGGUUGAUCUUGAAAGCAAAAUUCAUCAAGACUUCGAAGAUAGAAUGUCAUCUAAUGACCUUGCAAAUGAGUUAGAAAUAAAAACUAAAGAAAAUGUGGAAUUGAUGCAUCAAAUACAGUCAUUCAAAAUGGAACUUGAUGAAGCUGUCAGGGAAAAGGACAGUCUCAGAAAAACUAAUGAUGAAGAAAAACAACAGAACAAUACUCUUAUUGAAAAAAUGAAAGAAAUGGAAGACACCAGUCAAAAUCUACAUUCUCAGAUUUCUGAUUUAACAUCUAAAAUUGGAGAAAUGAAAGAGCAAGAAAAAGAGAGAAAUUCAUCUGGUGAAGAUCUACAGUUGAGAUUUGAGAAUCUAUCACGAGAAAAUAAUGAAUUAAAAGGUGAACUUAUUAAUUUGUCUGAAAAGUGUAGCACAAUCGAGGAAGCAAGGGUUGAGUUACAACAGCAAUACAUCAAUUUGCUCAAGAACAAUGAGAGCUGCCUAUCUGAGAACAGAGAUCUGAAGGCUAAACUUGAGAAUAUGUCUACUGCUCCAACACAAGAAGUUUUUACUUCCUCCUCCACUAACAGGCUCUUCUCUGAGUUUGUGGAAGGAAAUGAUAAAAGAGAGGUAGAAAAAUUAAGGCAGUCUGGAACAGACGAUGCUGAAAAUGAGCUGCAAGCAGCAAAAGAGAAUUUAAAAACAUUGGAAGAAACUCAUGAAAAAGUAUGUGAGAAAUUGCAGGUAUCUGAAGGAAAAUGCGAAAAAAUGCUUAUCAAAUUGAAAGCUUUCAAAACCAAGUGUGACAAGCUUCAAGAAGAGGUUAAGACUUUGAAAAAAGACUCUGAACAUGGGCUCUCUCAGGAAAAUAUACUACGGAUUCAAGAAUUAGAUGAGCAAUGUAAGAAAGAUUUGGAGAUCAGGGAGGGAUUUCUUUCUGAAAUUGAGACUUUGAAAGGCACCCAGAGCAAAUUGGAAACCACAUUAGCAAAGCAACAAGAAACUGAAAAACAAUUAAACAGCGAAAUAGAGACAUUUAAAGAGGAGUUAUGUCAAACGCAUCAGAGGUGCAAAGAAAAAGAAAGAGAAUUGGAAUCACUGAAUAAUGUUAAUUCAAAACUACAAAUUGAAUUAUCAUCUUUGGAAAGCAAAUUCAUGGAAAUGAAUUUAAGGGAAAGGGAACUUACAGAAAAGAUUUCCGAGUUUGAAAACAAAUUGUCUGAUGUGAACGAUUUGAAAGUUUCCUUGGAAACUGCUGAGAGAAAGCGAGUGGAAUUAGAGAGAAAACUGGAGGACAGUGUCAUGCUGUGUGAUUCUCUAGAGGUUGAAAAUAAAAGUUUUAAAGAUAUUGUGGCUAAAUUGAGGGAAUCCAAUUCUGUGCUCGAGAAAGAGAAAAGAAAUACGAAAGAAAAUGAAACAAUGUCGAAAGGAUUGUUGGAUUCAAUUAAAGAACUUGAAAAUGAACGAGAGCAAUUGCUUGAAGAGAUUGAUGGAUUUAAAGAUGAUUUAUCCGAACUGAAAAAAGAGAAGAAUACUCUUAAAAAUGAAAACGAGGCACUAAAUGUUAAAUUGAAUGAUGCUGCAAUUGAGAACAAAGGAAUGAGAGAGAAAAUAGGUGCUAUGGAGUGGAAGAUUGAAGAAGUUGAAUCUCUUGAGGAAGAAGUAGAAGAAGUUAGAUCAGACCUUGACAAAAAGAAACAAGAGUUAAACCAAACAAUUAAAGACAAGCAAACUAUUCAAGAAGAAUUAGAACAAAUUCGGAGUAGCAAAACAAGCACAUCACAACACCCUUCGGAUGAAGAUAUUGAGUCGUUGAAACUAGAGCUGCAAAAGAAGUCAGAUCAAAACAAAGACUUGGAGGAUCAAAUUGAUUCCUUUAAAGAGGAUUUGAAUGAUAUGGCAACAGAAAUUGAUAGUCUAAAAGGAGAACUAACUGUUGCUUCUGUCAAGGCAUCCAUUUGUGAUAGUUUACAAAUUGAAAUCGCAGCUCUGAAGUCAAAGUAUGCUGCAAGUGAAGGUCCUAGCUCAUCCAAUGACACUGACAUUGAAAAAUCUCUUAAAGGAACUGAAGAUCAGAUCAAGUUGAUAAAAGAUGAACUUAAUAAAUCAACAAUGGAGAAUCAGCAAUUGAAAGAAGAAUUGAUCUUGCUUAAAGAAAGAGAGAAGAUGGCUGACCUCUUACUUAAGGAAAAUAAUAAACUGAAGACAGAAAUAGAAACCAUGCAGCAGGAUGAAAGAAAUUUAGUCGGAAAUGUUUCUAGUGAUGAAACAGAAGCAUCCAACAGAGUCCAAGACCUAGAAGAGGAACUUGAACUAAUUAAAGAGGAAUUGAAUGAGGCAAUGUCUGAAAAUGAAACAUUGAGAAGUGGAACACAGGUUUCGGAUUACAAGGCACUUUUAUUCGAUAAGCUCCAGCUUGAAUAUCAAAGCUUGAAAGAAGAGGUAGAAGUUUUAAGAAAAAACAGCUCAUCAGAAAUAAAGGUGGAAACCAAAGAUUCGGUAGAAAUGUUAAAUAAACGACUUCAAGAAAGCCAGACAGAAAAUGAACAGCUGAAAUCUCAGCUAUGUAUGAUGACUAUUGAGUCUAAAGGAAGGAAAGAAGAUGCUUCACGUGAGCGGUCAGCACCAAGUGAUUUGGAGAAGGAAUUAAAGGAAAAGCAAGAACAGUAUGAGUCAUUAGUAGAGGAUCUGAAUGAAGUUACUUCAGAAAAUGAUUCGUUAAAAGGGGAAGUAGCAAAUUUAAAAGUUCAGAGCCAGAUGUUUAACGAAGUUAAAAAAGAAUAUGAAUCUUUGAAUGAACAGUAUAAUAAAAUAUUGAUGGAAAAUACUAAUAUGGCAAAGAACAUUGAAGAAUUACACACAAAACUACAGAAUAGUAGUGACCAUGAUGCGUUAUAUAUAAAGGAAGAAAGAGAGCAUGUGGCAAGGGAAAAAGAGACAUUCAUUCAGAAUAUAAAGCAGCUUGAGAAAAAAUGUGAAGACCUUACACAGAAAAAUUCAAAUAUCAGUCACCAAUUAGUAGAAACUGAAGGAAAGAUGCAGCAACUGAAGUUUGACAAUGAAACAAUGAGAGCUCAGUUAGGCAUUUCACAAAACGGACAGAUGCAGAUGGAAAACUUCCAUGGAGAUUAUCAGCGGCUCCAGGGACAGUUCUCAGCUGCCAUGGAUCAGAAAAACAGGGCACAAGUUGAACUCAAUCAAAUGGCUCACCGACUUCAACAGAGAGAUGCAAGGUGUCAGCAAAUGUCUCUGCAGGUUAGCCAGUUAGCCGAAGACAGGGGUUACCUUAAUGUUCAACUUGGAAACUUAUCCAAAUCAUUAAGAGAGAAAGAAAGUGAGCUAUCAUCUCUUCAACAACAGUACAGAAUUUUAUAUCAGACUCAUAUGUCACUUCAGUCCAAGAUGCUGGAAUCGGAAACAAAAGCCAUAAACAUUGCCAUGCAGCGAGCCUCCUCAGUAGAAAUUACUGAAGCCUUAGAACAACAGGUUGUUCCGGAAGAAACCAGGAUCACCAUGUCUCCAGCUGAACCAGAAGUUGAGGAAGUUAAACAACUUCUUUCCAAGUUGCAAGAAACAGAGUUAACACGUGAGACACUACAAGACCAAUACUAUGCAAUGGAAAAAUCACUGAAGACAGAAAGAGAACAACGACAACAGCUAGAAGAGGCACUGAACACACUACAGGAGCAGGCCAGACUGGCAGCAGAGAACAAAGAAUUUCAGCUCCAAAUUGAAGAGGAAGAUGAAAAUAGAAUCCUGGAAACCAGUCCAAUGCUCUUGCGAAGUGGAGCAGGAUAUGGUCAGAGAGUCUGCAGCUGGCUAAGAGUCCGUCGGGAAUACCUCUGCUUUUCCAGUCGAAGUUUAAACCGUCUGAUGCGCAUGCGACCUGGAAUCAGGAAGAUGAUAUGGGGAUACUUUAUCCUGCUGCACAUUUUAGUCAUUGGCUGUGUGUUUGGACUUUUCUGAUGAAGAUAUGCAAAUACAGGGAAUUGAGUUUUUUUUUUUAAAAUUAAUUAUAAACCUAUUAGAUAUUAUGCUGGGAAAAAGACAGUGCAAUCAUGUUUUAUAAAGUGAAAGGACUAAUUUUUGUAAAUGGAUUUUCUUUAAAUUAAGUGAUGUUUAAGAAAUAUUUUGCAUAAAUGUCUGUGUGUAGUUGUAAAUAAAUUUAGAUGAUGCACUAAAUAUUAAAUUUGUGUAAAUGCGAAAUGUAAAUAUUUGAUAAAUAAUGUAAUAUUUACAUGUAAAGGUGACAAUCUGUGUAAAAUUUUGUAUAUAGCUUGAUACUGAGAGAAAGAAAGAAAUGAUUAAUAUUUGUCAUAUAGUAUCUUUUGAGAACAUUUGAUUAGUGAUAUAUUUUGUUCCAUAUUGAAUAUUCCAGUCUCAAGAUAACCAAGUUUUUUUUAUUGUUGUUAAUGGAUUUCAGUUGUUCUUGUUUAACAUUCCAUUAAGUUUAGCAGUAAGUAAGUCUUAGUUAACUUUCUCCUUAUUUAUUUUCUCUAUGGUUCUAAUUAAUUUUUUGAAAGUGUAUGAUAAAUUAUUAUGGAAGUAUGAUGC